AUGCUCGACUCCUUCUCACCACGCAAAGUGCUGACUACACUCGCCCUGGGCGCCGGCCUGGUUGCGGCUCAGUUCCCACCUCAAGGCCCUCCUCAGGGCCAAUUUCAAGGUCAGCCUCAAGGUACUCCUCAGGGUGCUCCCCAGGGUGCUCCCCAGGGUGCGCCUCAGGGCCAGGCUGCGCUCCAGACAAUCACCGACUUUGGAGAAAUCUACAACACCCAGUUGAAGUUGCAGGCUUACAUCCCUAGCAACCUCCCUGCCAGCCCAUCAAUCAUCCUCGCUCUGCAUAUGUGCGGUGGAACCGGAGAACAGUACUUCCAGCAAACCAAUUACAAAUCCAUGGCCGACCAAAAGGGUGUUGUCGUCCUGUACCCAUCUUCUCCUAAGGACGAUAACUGCUGGGACGUUGCUAGCAAACAGACCCUUAUGCACGACGGCCAAGGUGAUAGUCAGGCUCUUAUCAACAUGGUUGACUGGGCCAUCAAACAGUUUAAUGCCGACCCUAAGAAAGUCUUUGUCACCGGUUCUAGCUCUGGAUGUGUCGCUGCUGGCUGCAUGGCUGGUGCACCUGGAUCUAGCCCUAACAGUUCUGGUCGUGAAUGCUCUGAUGGAAAGGUCAGGAAGUCCGGUGAGGACUGGGCUGCGCAGGUCCGUGCCAUGUACCCAGGCUACAAGGGCGCGUACCCUAAGUUCAAGACCUUCCAUGGCACCGCCGACUACUUUGUCUUCUACCAGAACUUCCUCGAACAGGUCAAGGAGUGGUCCGCGAUCCAUGGCGUCGAAUCUACCGGAAAGGAGACCGACGGCCAGGGCUACACCACCGAGACCUUUGGAGAUGGAAGCAAGUUUGUGUCAGUGUCUGCAGAAGGCGUCGGACAUACUGUGCCUGUUCAUCCUGACCUUGACUUCCAAUGGUUCGGUCUUAACUAA